AUAAUUUUUUGUCUGUGUCCUUCUUGUUCGUUAGAAAAUUUAUGUUUUAAUUCUCCACUUGAGACUAGGAUGGACAUAAAUUUGUUCUCCUUGUUCAUUGUGUUUUCUUGAAUAGGGUUUCUCAAUGUGAGAUCCAAUUUGGUGACAGGACUUGCAAUGUUAAUAUGUUUGUAGAGGAACAUGACUAUUGGUAUCUCUUUACUCAUAUUGAAGAAAAGCAUCUUUACUCGUUCAAAGCUUAAUACUCUGGUAGUGUCAGGAGUUUCAGGAGUUUCUUGAUGAGCUAAUGACACUUACUUCUUGGUCUUAUUGUAUGUAUGGAUAUUUUUUUUUCCUGAUGCUGAAAUGUUUAUAAGCUUUUACAGCUACUAUGAUUCGAACAGCAUAAAACUCAGGAAUAUUCCUUUUCUGGAGACUUAGGAAAUUUAUAAUUAUGGUCUAGUUUACAUACAUGAUUCGUAUGAGACUUUUUAAAGCCUCUUUUAGUCAUACCUGAGGUUUGCAUUAUGUUUGUUAAACUAAAUUAGCUAAUUUUUCAUUGUUGUACAAUUUUAGAAAUUAGGAACAUUUUGGUAGCAUCUUAAUUUUCUUGAAUUGAUUGCACCAGACGUUUAAGACAUGUUUUGAAUGUUCAUUUUUAUUUUUGCUAUUGAUUUUAGUCUCUUUAGUGGUGGAAAGCAUUAAUGCCCUCUUAUUUUUCUGUCUAAUCAAAAUUACUUUUAGGAGUAAAUUUCUUCAUGGGCUUUUGAGUCCAUAACUGCCAAUGCAUGUACUGCAUUUCUGAUUAAUAAUUUAGAUAGAAUUUUUCCAGAGAUAUGUUUCUUUGGGAUAUUUUAAUGCUAUAUGUCAAUAGGAACUUGAGUGUAGAUGCUUACGAACCACUAUUUAUCAAAGCAAGCUACAGGUUUAAUUGUCUAAAUCACACUAUUAUGAAAACUAAAUCUGCACUUCAACAGCUCCCAAACGUUUGAGUCUAAUCUUCUUUUGAAAUCUAUUCAAAUUCCUUUACCUACUUGUCAUUGUAAGGCAUAGAUUUUCUUACUUUUAAAUAUUCUAAGGAACUUUCCUUAUUAGUUCCUACCCUUUGAAGAUUUUGAACAAGCUAACUUUCAUUUGGUUACUGUUGAUCAGGAAAAUCUAAAUGGUCUCUCCUUCUCAUCUUGGUUUCUAAUACUUGGUCCCAAAUGGUAAUAAAUAUAAGUAAUAAAAGCUCCUUUUUCUUCCUAAAUUUCGUCCCAUUUCCUCUGAUUCUCACUCCUAGUAACCAAAAAAGCAUAAAUAAUGGGUUUGUUGAAGAAGUAACAGACCCAACUCACACAUAUCAGAAUAAGAACACUGAUGAACGGAGAAAAAUAAAAAAAGAAAUUCCAUGUGGUUCUGUAAUUUGCCUACUUAUGGGUAGCCAUGUGAAAUUUUUUGUCGUGAAGGAAAAGCUUACAAGCCCCUAUAUAUGUAGAGAGAACGAGGUUUUGCAUUUUAAAUUAGUAGCAGGAGAAUGUGUCAAGCUGUUAACGCUGUACUGUAGUCAUUGCGUUGCCCCCAGCUUAUUUAUUGAUGGGCUAAAAAAAAUGCUGGAUAGUCACUGAGGUGUUUCAAAAAGAGGGGCGUAGAGCUUUUAGUGUAAGAUUUCUUCUUUGAAUUUGAGCCACAAUCUUCAAUAAGCUCACCAAAUUUGUCCUACAAUACAUUGAUACUUUGAUUUGAUCAUUUAGUAUAGCUUUAGUAAAUUCCUGGUUUGCUUUGAAAAGGGACUGAAAAUGGAAUAGAUGUCUCAUUUCCAACAUUCUCAUUCUAAGUUUAUUGUUAAAAUAAUUAAGUAUGAAUUAAUGUAGUUUAAAACUAUACUUGAAAGUAAAUCAUUUUAUGUAAAUUUGGAUACAAAAACCCACAAAACUGGAUUCCUUCUAGACUCUUGGAAUUGCAUUCUAACGUAAAAAGGAAACUGAUUGUUUAACACUAUGGUGCUGACUUAACCUUAUCUUUUUUUGGUUCCUUGGUUAAAUGGAAUGAAGGUUGGAAAUUUUAAGAAAUUAUUGGUAUUUUGGAGCUUUUCUAUAUCAAAAAGAGGAGUACAGAAAUGAUUUAGAAGGGGACAAUUUGCAGCCUACUAUAGUUACUUAAUGACUGUAAUGAUCAUUAAAUUUGCACCAUUUUCCUUUCGGUUAUUAACUUCCCAAGGGACUCAAAUGGGAGCAUUCGCUUUGUAAAACCUGCACUCAUCUUAUCCUCUCUUGAAUAAGAAUGGAAAAGCCUUCCAUUGCUGAAGAACAGAAGGACAAAUUCAUUACACAUUGGCAAUCCUUUUGAGAUUCUGGCUUAUAUUCAAGGAAGGUGCUUUGUGCUAAAGGCUUCAAUAAAAGAAGGGUGAUCUUGGGAGGAAGGCAAAUGCACUUCAUAUGGCGUCAGCUAAUGGGCAUCUUGAUGUCGUGGAGUAUCUUAUCAACCAGGGGGUGGAUCUCAAUGCUUGUAACGAGGAGAAGAAUACACCUCUUCACUGGGCUUGUCUCAAUGGUCGUAUCGAGGUGGUUAAGAAAUUGAUCCUUUCUGGAGCAAAUUUAAGCAUUCUGAACUGUCACGAGCACACUCCUGUAGAUGAAGCUGUUAUCCAAGGAAAAAGAGAUGUUCUUGAUGCAAUUAAUGAAGCUGUGGCACAGCUGGAACUUGCUGGCGCUCAAGUUUCCUAAUGCAGCAACUUCCUGAUAUAAAGCAUGAGCUGAUAUUUUACAGCUAUUUAUGUUUUGUUCGGUUGGAAGAAUUUUCUCAAAUGAAGCAUCUUGAAUUGUGCUUGCCACUCACUCAGAUAUGCAAAUGGAGGAAUAAAGGGGACUGAUUAUUAAUCUUCAUUAUCUCCAUAAUCACAUGCAGGCUUUCGUGUUUAUAAAUUGUGGGUUUCUAAUUUUAUAGUAAAGGUGCAAUGCUUAUUACUCCUUGUAGUAUGAUUAGAAAUUUUGAUCGAGAAAGUAAUAUAUAGAGAGAAUUUUUAUUUUUAAA